AUGGAUGAAGUGUUAGUUGAAAACAAGAAAUUAGCUGCUGAAAACAAGAAAGUUGCAGAUCGUGAGCGAAUACUUGAGAUGCGUGUGAAGAGAUUGGAAAAUGAUAACAAAGAGUUGGUGAAAAAGAUUGAUUCUGAUCAGUCAGAGAUAGAUAUCUUGAAGGUUAGAGUUGCUGAGCUUGAGGAAGAAAAGACUCGAAGAGAUGAACAAAACGAGUACUUCAAGUUGAAAAACAAAGAAUUAGAAGCGGCUAAAGCUUUCAGAGAUCACGAGUUCUAUAUGCUGAAUAAAGUUGUUGAAAGCAUGCUCGGAACAUCUGUAGAGCAAAAGUUUGAAGAGCUGCAAGUUGAAGAGCUCAGGGCAGAACGUCAAGCUAAAAUUGAUGAACAAAUGAAAGACAAAGGCAAGGGCGUUGGAAGUAGUUCUGCAGUGACUGAGAGAUCGAUUGUUCCUUCAAUGGUUGUUGAAAAUCCCGAGCCUAUCUCUGCUAUUUCUGGAUUGUUUGAGGAAGAUACUCCUCUUGAUGAAUUGAUUGUUGAUAGUGAUAAAGAAGAUGAUGAGGAGGAUGACGAGGAAGAUGAAAAGGAUGAGAAAGUCUAUUCUGCGAGCAGUCAUGGUUCUGACAACGAUAACGAUGAUGCUCAGGGUGGUACAGGGUUGAAAGUUACUGAGGCUUCCACUGAAAAGAAUGUUGAUGAUUUGAUGAACAAUUCAGUGAAUGAAGAAUCAGGGGGAGCAGAUGGAAAGGGGGAGUCGAGUGAUGCACAAAAUGUUCAACAAGCUGAAAAGUUAAUCCUGAGAUUGGAUACUUACAGAGAAGAAGGCGAACAUUUUCAUACAUAUACGCUGGAAACGAUCAGAGAAAUGAUGCGUAUGGUGACUCCUGACUUUAAAUUUGACAUUGAAGAAGAAUUGAAUGCCUUCGAUAUCAAUCAGUAG